AUGACGUCGCUUGAGGAGGAUGAGGACCGCGACCUGGCGGGCUCCCAGGAUGGCAGCUCCGACAAUGAGAUGGACGAUGCAAUGCGCAACGUGGACGAUGGGGAGGGAGACAACGAGCCGGACGUCGAUGCCGAUGCCGACCAAGAUCAGGACCAGGACCAGGACCAGGAUCCAGACAGCCCAUCGAACGCAAGCCAGGCUUCAGAAGGAGCGGGCAUGGCCUCCCAACAAAAUCAAGAGACAAUCAACAUGAGGUCCCCUGGGAAUACAGGCAACUCCAUGCUCGAAUCCUUCUCCAUCUACCAUCCAAGUGUUCGCCCCGAGUGCCUCACGGCCAAAACCUACGACAUCGUCCCUACCACUGCCGCGCCCCAUAGUACAUCCAUCAACGCGGUCACCGCUACAGCAGACAUGCGCUGGGUAUUUAGUGGGGGCUCGGAUGGAUAUAUUCGCAAAUUCAAUUGGGCGGAUUCGAUCAACAGUAAGCUCAUGUUAACUGUUGCGCAGCGGCACCCCUUCGUGGAUAGCGUGGUGAAAGCCGGAGUCUACAUGACAUACUGGGAAAAUAUGGAUGGGAACCAUCUAUCGCCGGUCUACUCUUUGGCAUGCCAGAGCGAAGGCCUGUGGCUGCUUUCCGGGUUGGAAUCGGGGGCUAUUCGACUGCAGACACUCCGCCACGAUGAAGGCAAGGAGAUUGUGCAAUUACGGCAACAUACCUCGGCAGUCUCAUCAUUGAAUCUUACAUCGGACGAACAGUCUCUUUUAUCCGGGAGCUGGGAUAAGCGGGUCAUUGAUUGGGACUUAAAUACCGGGCAGGCCCGACGCGCAUUCGGAGGAAAUGCUAGUCAGAUCUCGACAGUACAAAUUCGGCCAGAAUCGACCCUGGCUGUUCCUCAAGAUACCAUUGAUUUCUCGCAGCCGAACGGUACCUACUCCUCAAACUAUGAAGCGAGCGGUACAGACCAUUCAAACGCCAUGGACACCACCGAGAAUGCAGGAGAUGCAGGCGCUACGGAGAACCCGCAGGCGGGUUCCCCGACAGACUCAUUGUUUGGUGGCGCGGAUUCACUAUUCGGAGACGCAGACGGAGGGGCCGCAGAUGGCGGUGAACCGUCCGCGGGUGUCUUUGGGGUUGAUGAAGAUGACGAAUUUGGCCGUGCACUUGCAAAUGGUCGAUUCCGCGCCACUACCACCAGCCGCGCCGGGGGGAUAAACGAAAACGCCGAUUCCUUCCAUGCGAACCAUAAAGUGACUAACGACGAUAUCCUCCAUGGCACGUCCGAGUCGGCGGUAAAUGGCCUUCCCAAGGCAGAUGGCUUGGAGACAUCUUCAUUGGGCCAGGAUCUUUCCCAGACUAUGCAGACGGAACAGACGGUGGGACCAGACACCACGUUCUUAGCUGCAUCCAUUGACGGUACAAUUCGGGUAUGGGACCGACGACAGCCCAAUCCAGUCGCUCGGAUGACCCCUCGCAACGUUCCGCCAUGGUGUAUGAAUGCUUGCUGGUCCCCGGAUGGAAACUACAUCUAUGCGGGACGAAGAAACGGCACCGUAGAGGAAUACAGUCUUCACAAAGGUCUUAGGGAAGCUAGUCGCACAUUCAAGUUUCCCCAGGGAAGCGGGCCGGUCACAGCCCUCAAGGCGAUGCCUAAUGGCCGCCAUCUCGUCUGUGCUUCCCACGAUAUCCUGCGUCUGUACGACCUAAAGCACGAGCACUCUUCUCGGCACUCGGCCGUGCCAUUCCUUAUCAUUCCGGGCCAUCGCACCGGAACUAUAUCCCAACUCUACGUGGACAAUGCCUGUCGCUACAUGAUCUCCACCAGCGGGAACCGCGGCUGGGAGGGCAACACCACCGAGGUGCUCCUGGGCUAUGAGAUCAGUGUUCCCCAGUGA